AUGAAGGGGAAGGAGGAGAAGGAGAGCGGCGGCCUGGGGCUGGGGGGCGGCCCCGGCGGCGGGGGGCCGUGCGGGGGGCCCCGCGGCAGCGCGGCGGCCGGGCUCGGGGGCGGCCCGGGCGGGGGCAGCCCCGAGAAGAGCCACAGCGCCCAGGAGCACAAGGAGCAGGGCAACCGGCUCUUCGUCAGCCGCAAGUACCCCGAGGCGGCCGCCUGCUACGGCCGGGCCAUCAACCGGAACCCCUUAGUGGCAGUAUACUACACCAACCGAGCCUUGUGUUACCUGAAGAUGCAGCAACAUGAGAAGGCCCUGGCAGAUUGUAAGCGUGCCCUGGAACUAGACAGCCAGUCAGUGAAGGCCCAUUUCUUUCUGGGGCAGUGCCAGAUGGAGAUGGAGAACUAUGAUGAGGCCAUCGCUAACUUGCAGAGAGCCUAUAACCUAGCCAAGGAACAGCGACUGAAUUUUGGGGAUGAUAUUCCAAGUGCACUGCGGAUUGCCAAGAAGAAGCGCUGGAACAACAUUGAAGAGAAAAGGAUCAACCAGGAAAAUGAGUUGCACUCCUAUCUAACCAAACUCAUCAUGGCUGAGAAGGAGAGGGAGCUGGAUGAAUACCGAAGGACACAACAAGAGGAGAACGUGGAUGAGAGCCGGAGCCGUGCCCAGCUGGCUAACGUUGAAGCCAAACAUGACAAGUACCUAGCAGAUAUGGAUGAGCUGUUCUCUCAGGUGGAUGAGAAGAGGAAGAAGCGAGACAUCCCUGAUUACCUCUGUGGGAAGAUCAGUUUUGAACUGAUGCGAGAGCCCUGUAUCACACCCAGUGGGAUUACCUACGACAGGAAAGAUAUAGAAGAACAUCUUCAGCGUGUUGGUCACUUUGACCCUGUGACCCGAAGUCCUUUGACCCAAGACCAGCUGAUCCCAAACCUUGCUAUGAAGGAGGUGAUAGAUGCAUUCAUAUCAGAAAAUGGCUGGGUAGAAGAGUACUGAUGGCUGAGCGGGCACAGUUCUCUGGAUCCUCACCGCAGCCCCAGCUGUGGCAGCGCACUCUGCUAUGGACUGCUCUCUGAGCAUGCUGGGCUGGCACCAAGCCUUACUCACUUUCAGUCUCUCUCUCUCUCUCCCCCCUCUUGGAUGCCCAGAGAUCCAUUGGCAGUGCUGGACUAGAAUGCAUUAUCAUCUCAUCUCCCAGAAACCACAGCUGGGCCAGACUGACUGAGCAGGGCCAUGAAGGGUCCUUCCAUCUCCUUGCUCACCUGGGCUCCUGGUAACUUCUCAGCAUAAUAGACAGAAGCAAGAUUGCCUUAGGCAGGCAGAGAGGGAGCACCUGUCGAGGACCCAGCACUGGAGGCAACCCACAGAAGCACUUUUGGAAGAGCGGUGUUACUCUGUACUAGCCAGCAUCACUGCUUUUCAUACCCCACCUCAAACCUUCCUCCACAAAAACAUCUGCCGACUCCCUUUCCCCACAGCACAAGCCCUGCUCCUGGGGCGAUGUGGGAGCUGUGCCUAUGGUGAGGAGCUGGCUCGGAAGGGCUCUCCUGCUGUCCAUGCUGAACUGCAUUCUCCACACCCUCCCUCUGUACAUAGUUUGUUUCUUUCUUCCUACAUCUCUUGUCUGUCCAGUGUAGUUCUCUUUGUGUUUUCCUGUAAAUAGCCACUUGCUGGGGGAGGGAAAUGAAAUAUAUAUUAUACAGACAUUGACUGGUGUGUGAGAUUGUACUGGGAAACCACUGUCCUGUAGGAUGGAAGCCGUGACCCAUGGGAGGCCACUCUCCAGCCCCAGGGACAGUAGUUCCCUGCUAACCACUUGGAUCAAAGUUCAUAUUUGUUUUAAUUAAACCCUUAAAAAAAGAAAAAGAAAAAAAGUCGGCCGAAAGCGUUUUGGUUGUUAAAAGUCUUGAUGUCUGAUUGGCCUGCAGACUGCCUGGCUUCAUGAGUGCGCUCUCCAGAAGUUUGCCAACGUUAAUAAAUAUUUCAGCAAUAAGUGUUAAA